GCACUAUCAGGAAUGCACGAAGGUGGGCGCCAGAGAUCGCCGGAAAAACUACACUUCCCAGAAAGGGCCGGGGCUCCAGCCGAACCUUUGCUGGCCAGCCCCGCGUUCUCUCCCAGAGUCUUUUCCGCUGUAGAGGUGACCUGACUGCUGGAGACGGCCUUUGCAGGUACAGAGAUCGGCCUUGCAGUUUGCAAUAAUGUCUGAACCAAUCAGAGUCCUUGUGACUGGAGCAGCUGGUCAAAUUGCAUAUUCACUGUUGUACAGUAUUGGAAAUGGAUCUGUCUUUGGGAAAGACCAGCCCAUCAUUCUUGUGCUGUUGGACAUCACCCCCAUGAUGGGUGUUCUGGAUGGUGUCCUGAUGGAACUGCAAGACUGUGCCCUUCCCCUUCUGCAUGAUAUCAUCGCAACAGACAAAGAAGAGGUUGCCUUCAAAGACCUGGAUGUGGCUGUCCUGGUGGGCUCCAUGCCAAGAAGGGAAGGCAUGGAGAGGAAGGACCUCCUGAAAGCCAAUGUGAAAAUCUUCAAAUCCCAGGGUGCAGCCUUGGAGAAAUAUGCCAAGAAAUCAGUUAAGGUCAUUGUUGUGGGAAACCCAGCCAACACGAACUGCCUGACAGCCUCCAAGUCAGCACCGUCGAUCCCCAAGGAGAACUUCAGUUGCCUGACUCGCUUGGACCAUAACCGCGCAAGAUCUCAAAUUGCUCUUAAACUCGGUGUAACCACUGAUGAUGUAAAGAAUGUCAUUAUCUGGGGAAAUCAUUCAUCAACCCAGUAUCCAGAUGUCAAUCAUGCCAAGGUGAAAUUGCAAGGAAAGGAAGUCGGUGUGUAUGAAGCCCUAAAAGACGACAGCUGGCUGAAGGGAGAGUUCAUCAUGACUGUGCAACAGCGUGGUGCUGCUGUCAUCAAGGCUCGGAAGCUGUCCAGUGCAAUGUCUGCUGCGAAAGCUAUUGCAGACCACAUCAGAGACAUCUGGUUUGGAACCCCAGAGGGAGAGUUCGUGUCAAUGGGUGUUAUCUCUGAUGGCAACUCCUACGGCGUCCCUGAUGACCUGCUCUACUCGUUCCCGGUCGUGAUCAAGAAUAAGACCUGGAAGUUUGUUGAAGGCCUCCCUAUUAAUGACUUCUCCCGUGAAAAGAUGGACCUGACAGCUAAGGAGCUGACCGAGGAAAAGGAAACGGCUUUUGAGUUUCUCUCCUCUGCAUGACUAGACAGCAAUAUUGAUGUCAGCAGACAGCCCAAGGCUGAAGAAUCAAAGUGUCGUCUUUGAGCCUAGUACCAAACAGUAAUAAUGCUACAUUCAAAUUGUGAACAGCAAAAUAUUUUAAAUAGUAUGUGCUUUAUGAUUUGUGAAAGUCUAUCAUGUUGUUAGUGCUGCAAUCUAAAUAAAAGUAUAUUCAAGUGAAAGUCUCUCAGCCUCUAUUUCUAGCUUAUAUUAUCUUCAAAAAACCAGUCUGCUCAAUAGAUUAUAAUUUUACUUUUUUUAAUUGAGUAAAAGAAAUAAAGAUGGAAAAUGUUAUGAAGUAAAACAUUAGUCUCUAAUAUAGACAAGGAAGCACAAUUGAUCUAUUUCAGAAGGAUCCCAUUACUUAAAUGAGCUACUUAUAUUUUAAGUCCUCAAAGGUUGGCUCAUGUUUUACUCAUAAUUUGAUUUUAAAAUUAGCUGUAAGAAGGUUGCUGAUAAUCUAUCUUCCUUGUAUUCUAUAGCAAAAUAAUGGAAUCAUUAAUACUUGGUAGCCAAUAAUACCACACUAUUAAUGUUUGUGAGCUAAGAUUAUUAGAAAUAUUAUGUUUUUGAGGCAGUCUGUUUUCCAUGGGAACACAUGCAUUGUCUUUUCGUCUUUGUGCUUGUUGUGCAUUACUCAGUGCAAUAAAUAGUACCAUAAU